GGGAGGGUUAGUAUACCUCUAUGUACUUAGAAACUAUAUAUUCAUGAACUGAUGAAGUUUGAGGAGAGCUGUUGCACAACAGCAUCCACAAGGGUGAUAUCCCUCAAGAUCACCUGCCAGAUCAUAUAAUGACCAAAUCAAAUAUUCUCAACGGAAGGAAAAUGAAAAGAAGUUCGGUUGACAUGGCCUUUGGAGCUUUCAGAACAACCAUGCUAGCAGUCAUUUUAUUGACAACUUUUACAUGUAUAAAUGGUGAGGAAGAAGAAGGGAGGACAAGAAUAUCUGAAGAAGAAGAAGAUAUAGAAUUUGAAAGACAACUUAGUAUCCUAAACAAGCCUGCCAUCAAAACAAUCAAGACUGAAUAUGGAGACGUUUACAAUUGUGUGGAUAUUUACAAGCAACCUGCCUUUGAUCAUCCUUUACUCAAAGAUCACAAAAUCCAGAUACCAGAGGAGUAUGCAAGUAAGCCUUCAAAAUUUGGAUUGAAGGAAGGGUGUCCUCAAGGAACAGUACCCAUCCGAAGGAUGACAAAAGAAGACCUAAAAAGAGCCAAAUCAAUCUCCAAAAGUAACCGAAGGAUGACAAAAGAAGACCUAAUCAAAUCUUUCUCCAAAAGAAAUGUUGUAAUUAUUGAUCCACAAAAACAAGGAGAUGGUCAUGAGUUUGCAGGCUUUGAAACUAUAAAGACUCCAGGGAGGGUGUACCAUGGGGCUGGAGCCAAUAUUAAUGUGUACAAUCCAGCGGUUCAACCUGAGGAAUUUAGUUCAGCUAUGAUUUCCAUCGAAAGUGGACCUCUGUAUCAGCGAAACUAUAUCCAGUUUGGAUGGACGGUAGACCCAUCUUUAUAUGGUGAUAGCAAAACUCGACUUUUUACUUCAUGGACGAAAGACAAUCAUCUAACAACGGGUUGCUUCAAUACACUAUGCGGGGGUUUUGUACAUUUCAAUGCAAAUGUACCGCUUGACUUUGUCUUCACAAACAUAUCACAAAGCAUGGGAGAGCAAUUCGAUGUGAGACUAGGAGUGUACCAGCAUAACAUCACAAAAGUUUGGAAUUUCGUAAUUGGUGAUGAAGAAGAAUUAAUUGGUUAUUGGCCAGCCGAUAUAUUUAGUCAUUUAUCCAUUGAAGCAGACUAUAUUCGAUGGGGAGGACAAGUGUACAGCCCAAACUCAGAACAACACAGCGCACAGAUGGGAAGCGGUGUUUGGAGGGAUGGAUGGUAUCAGGAAACUUGUUACUUCAGAAGAGUCAUAGACCUUGAUGCAACCUACACACCAGAGGUUCCCAAUAAUGCCUAUAUACAAAGAUCUGAUACUCGUUGCUAUUAUGCAGAUGAUAAUUCAUAUAAAGAUGAUUAUUGGCAAUACAGCUUCGGGUUUGGUGGCACUGGUGGCUCUCCGCACCAAUGUCGUCGUUAAUUAAUUUGCAUCUUCUAUUAUCAUUACGUAAAGUACCAAAUAUUUGCCUCCAUAAUCCAUUUGAUGAUCAACUACCAAAAUUCAUUGGCAUCCCUUUCUAAAGGUUUAUUUAUUUAUUUAUUUUAUUAUUAUUUUUA